GACUAUCAUGAAUGAUCAGCGAAUUUACUUAAUCUGGGUUUAAUUACUUACACGAAAGCAUCACUUGGAUACGAUAGUUGUAAUAAUUGAUAGAAUUUACAAAUUAGUUAAUGUAGAGUGAAAACAUUCUGCAACAUCAGCUACUGUGUUAGCUUGUUUUGGGGCGGGGGCGAAAUAUGGAUAAUGUGUUUAUUUUUCAAAAUGGCACCCUUGGUUAAUCUUCAUUUCUGGUUGGCUAUUUUAAAAUUUAAACUGCCGAUUUUUGGUUCUAAGCUCACCUUGUACAGGCCUCGGAUGUUGUCCUCCCCGAACACAUUGCUAAGGGUCUGGUAGACGCCGUUAGCCGCCCGUCGGAAGCUGUUCUGGUUGCUGCUGGCCCGGCCUCUGGCCGCUUCCGCUGCCGAGAGCACCGACGCGGAAAGCAGCAAGAAAAGCAAGGACAAUGUAGUUGCUUUCAUGGCAGCCUGUGGUGUAAAUGAGGAAAAUAUUAGUCAAACAGAUUCGUUUAAGAUAGCUGCCUUCCCUCCUGCGGACGUCUUGGCUGCUGGCGCUCAGCGCUCUGCUGGGAUGUCAAGUGACGCGUUAAAGUGACGUUGUAGAUUUCAGCUUCUACAUCCCAACAACGGGGAGGCUUUCAAGGCGGUACAAAAGUGAUAGCUCAGCUCUUAAACGAGACGUACUUUAUCGAAUAAGUAAAAUUAACGUGUAGUUUCAAGUGUGAAAUUGAGUAUCGCGAAUACGGUACUAUACGUCUAAAUAGUAGACGGUUCUGAUGUUUCCCGUGUAACUUGAACGCUACACUAAGGCAGUUUGGUAACUCACAAUUGGACGGUCUCCCAAACGCCUGCUCCAAACCGCCAUCUGAACCAGGCUGCCCCCCAGCGUCCAUGCACGAAACAGCAGCCCGGGAUGCAACACACACAUACAACGCUACAAUAUAUAUGCAGAUUACAGCAAUUAUUACAACAAAAACAUUAUUAAAAUAAUAUAUACAUACAUCACUAUAUGACCCUUCCUGAGGUGUCAACAGACUUUUUUUGUUAUGUAACGCGUUUUUACGAACGCCAUGUUUUAAAUCAUAAUCCCCACCUCAAGAAAAACAUGAAAUGUCAUUCAAUAUUAACAGUUGCAAUUCAACGUAAUGCCACUAGAUGGCAAUAUUACACAAGAGUUGCUAAUCAACGCUAUACAAAAAAAAAGAAUAGUUUGUGAUUGACAGGGCGUUACUUGGUAACCUAGCUACGGAGCCAUACAGUGCUAACAUGACACAGCGAAAUGUCCACCGUACGUGAAGUAAGUAGAUUAAUUUAAAAGUUUAUUUUUUUCAAUCGGGUGAAUAGUGAGCAUUUUAAAUAUGUAUGGGCGGGCUCCGAGAGUCACCUUCCUGCCACAUAAUGGGACCUCCGCUACUGUGGGUCCUGGAUCUUACAACAUCACCACACCGCAACUUUCCACAGUGUCAGAUGGCUACGCUCCUUUUUUGUCCUUGGCAAGCAGACUAGCAUUGCUCAAUGAGUCCAGUGGGACAGAACCGGGACCCGGGUCCUACGACUCCUCACCUGUGAAGCUCAACGUCCACGGUGGCUGCAGUCUGCAGAACCGCUCCAAGCGUUUUCAGGAUCCAGUGUCCGAGGGUCCGGGCCCAGGGGCCUAUGAUAUUCCGGUGCCAGCCUCGGGGAACAAGCCCGGAGCCCUGAUGACUGAUGAUGGACUCUCUGAGAAGCUUGGCAGGAGAAAGGUGUAUCAAGCCAAAAGUCUCCAGAGGCUUGUCGGACAGUCAGACGUUCCAUCCAUUCCCUCCCCGGGUCAAGCCUGUGGCUACGAGGAGGACGCCAUGGGGGUGCUACGCAAGCAGGAGCCUCCAACCAGAGACGCCAGCCUGGGCCCCGCCUACUACAACCCUCUCACUGCAGAGAAGACUUGUGCACAAAAGUAUAAAGGCGUCCACUUUGGCAACAUGACGGCAAAGAGGGGCGAGGCGGUGAAGGAUGAAGGCCCAGGUCCAGGCCACUAUUACCCUGAGAUCGUCCCAGAAACACACUACGAGAAUGUAAACAUGCGAAAAGAGCGAAGGGGCGGAGCCCAGCUGGUUAUACCUCGUUACCACGACCUUUUGCCCAUACAGGAGGAAAAAAAGGCAAUCCCUGGUCCAGGCUACUAUGACAUCAGAGGUCAGUUUGAGAGGCCCGGUGACACAAAACAGCAGUUCACGUCCCCCUUCCUGUCCCAGACCGAGAGGUUCAAGCCUGCCAAGGAAGUGACGCCUCCUGUCGGUGCGUAUAAUGACCCGCGCUGCGCCUUCCAGGCGCUACAAGGCGCGGCGGUGCCCAGCAAAAGCCCCUUUGGUGUCACGGCGGCACGCUUCCCUCCUAACAGAAACGGAGGCGCCACACCAGGCCCCGGGUCCUACGACGUCUUUGCCUACGGGUUGGCCCAGGAGUGUUUUAAAAGGGCCUUUUUAGAGAGAGCCAAGAAGGGAGGCUUUGGCUCCACGGCUAAACGCUGCAGCAUCUUCUUCAAUAAGGAAUCGAUCCUGGGACCGAGUCCAGGAGAGUACGAGGUAGAAAAGCGUCCGGAGGAGCUCUACAAAAAGCAGCACACGUCCGCAUUCCGAUCAGCCACACCGCGCCUUGCGUCCUCACUUUUGCCCAAAGAUUCCCCCGCACCCAAUGCCUAUGAUGUCAGCAGGCCAUUCCAGGCAGCAGGUGGAGCCUCUGCAGCCAGAAGCCAAGACGCCAAAAGACGACAAAGCAGCUUCCUCUCCGCGGCACCACGACAUGCGUCCUUUCUGGAGUGUGCGCACAGCGGGCCAGGUCCAGCUCACUACAACCCCGGUUUGAAAUCCUCCCCUCCAAUGACCCUAAUGGCCUCCAGGGAAGAUCGCUUCAAGGUGUCCAUGAACACCAACCCAGGACCUGCCGCUUAUCAGUUGAGUCCAGGCAUCAUGAACACGGUGCUGAAGGGAACCUACAACGUGACACUCAACGAUCCUCUCUGUUACUUCCGCCGCUCCCAACUGGACCACCAUCCCAUUGUCGCUACCAAUACGUCUUAGUAAGGGGGGGGGGCUUUGAAUGUACACUACACCAGUGGACAAAUAGCAGGAAUACGUUUGGCAUUGUCAGAUCUUAAGGAGGUUCUAAGUUUCGCUUCAAACCAGCAAUGGUAAUUGGUAAUGGGAGUGAGACAAAGCAAGUGUUAAAGUGAAAUAGGCUGUUCCAAAGUUUAAGACCAGCCCUCAAAUAACCCUGGAACCCCCCCUUAAGUAGAAAUACAAUGUUCAAAACAGGACUCGGGUAAUUCAGCUGCCAUUCCUGUUAAUCACUUAAAAUUGCUUUGGCAAGAUGGCUUCACGAAGAGCAUCCACUCUUUGGAACUGAUGUCUCUUUCGUCAGAUUCCCUUACCAUCCAUCCCCAAAAGGUCUCAAUAGGAUUUGGAUAAAGGGAACGAGCUGGAUGGUCCAAAAGAGUGAGCUUAUUCCUCUGGAAGAAGUACUUUGUGAAUGUUCUUUGUGAUGGCUGCCGUUUGACGCCCCCGCGCAACCUGAAGCACUCCCACAUUAGCAUUUUGUGGUGUUGUAGAAGAAUAGCUCUUUGGAGAUGUUGUUUUUGUUCUCCAUGGUUAUUGGACUGCACUCGGGACCAGUACCGACCUUCAUUUGGGCCCCGGUUGGUUGGUCCGGUGUCGGAUACUCCAUGACGCUCGGUAAGAGGUCUCGCUUAUGCAGCUGAACAAUCGCCACCACUCAAAGAGAGAAAGCUUUGCCUUUGCCAUCAAGAGAUCAUGACGGGGUGGAUACAGGACAGAAAAUGACAUUCAAUCCAUAUUUUUUUCUGAUGAACAAGCCUAUUUCACUUUAAUAUUUGUUUCCUAGUCUGACUCCCAUUUCUUUUUUUUGCAUUUUAAAGCUCGACCCCAGGGGUGGGCAAACUUGUUGACUCGUGGGCCGCAUUUAGUUAACAAAAUUGUCCAGGGCCCGGCUAUAUAUUUGAUACAUGCCAACUGUUUUACGUUUGUAAUUCUAACAGUCCACCAGGAAUAAUUUAUCUGUAAAAGUGUCAUACAUUCUGUCCCCAUUAUAAUUCAUAAUGCCGCCUACAGAGAACAUACUAACUCCUUAUUUCUAAAAUUACAAAUACUUCAACUUGCUCAUAUAGUUAAUCUUCAAACAGCUAAAAUCAUGCAUAAGGCUAAAAAUAACCAAUUAGCUAAAAAUGUCAUCCAAUACUUCUCUACAAGAGAGGAGAAAUAUGAUCUCAGGGAAGAAGUACAUUUGAAACACUUAUAUGCUAGGACUACGUUAAAAAGCCAUAGCAUUUCAGUAUGUGGAAUCAAACUAUGGAAUGGAUUGAGUAAGACCCUCAAACAAUGCACAACGAUGAGCCAAUUCAAGAAACAAUACAAGCAGUUGAUGUUUGCUAAAUACAAGGAUGAAGAGUCUUGAACCAGUCAUGAUGUGCUAUAUAUAUCACUAUAUUGACACUUACUAUGGUACCCAUUAUGUCAUUGGAUGGUCAUAUCACCUCGUACUUCAGGACGUGACAAAAAUAAAAAAUAAAAAAUAAAAAAUAAAAAAUAAAAAAUAAAAUUUUAAAUUUAAA